UGGAAUUACUUUGCAACUACCUGGUCUGGCCUCAACAUCGUUUCUUAGUUUGUUGUGUGCUGAGACAACAAACAACUGAAAAAAUAACAAAAAAAACAACAGUUGAGUUGAAUGUAGUGAAUCGUCCAAUAAACCAGCCAGAACCGGCAACAUUAUUUUCAAAAAAACCAAGAAAGGUAGAUUCACGAAAAUUUCUGUGAACUACAAGUUCAAAAAUUCCUAAUACAUCUGUGAUUUAUUUAAAAAAUUUCGACCACAAUCCAAUAUCCAUUCACCAAAACAUCAAAGGGGAAAUGUGUUAAUGUGAUUGUGUUUUUUUAAGUGUUGAUAAUUUUUUUUUUUUUUUUUGCUUUUUUUGUUAGAAGUGAUAUUUGUUAAGUUUUUAUUUUCAAUGAAUUAUUAUUAAAAAUUGUUAAUAUUGUGUUUUUAUUAUUAUUUAACAAAAAAAAAUUAACUUGGAACUAAUCAGUAUUUCACUCGCAAAAUAUCUUAAGGGAUGACGGGUAAUUGAAGAUGGCCUCACCAACACCAUCUUUGGAUUCAUUAACAAGAACACAUUCAGUUGGAUCAUUUGGUGAUCAUACAGAUUUUCUAUCAUUUUCACCAUUAGCCGAUUCACCACUAACAUUAAGUGAUAAUUCAUCACCACCAUUUAGCGACUCAGCAAUUGGUGAUUGCCGUGAAUAUUUAACAUCAUCGUCUUCAUCAUCGUCUACAUCCUCUGCAUCAAUAAUAAAUAAUACAGCAAUUACUACAACGACUGCAUUAGCAAGUGUUACAAACGGUGGUAGUCUACAUACACAGACCUCAACAACACCAAACUCCACAACAGAAUUAAUUUGCUUAUUCUGUCGUCAAAUAUUAUUAAAACCAAAAGUAUUACCGUGUUUCCAUUCUUUUUGUCAAACGUGCAUUGAUAAAAAUCAAACACAUCCAGAUAAAUUAACUUGUCCAAUUUGUCAUAACGAUUGUUUAAUUAACGAAAUUGCAUCGGAAUUCACGAAUGAACUAAAACAAAUUAUCUUACGUUUAAAUUCAGAUCCAAAAUUCACAGCUGCACGUUGUACUGGUUGUAAAAGUAAAAAAUCUGACGCUGUUGCACGGUGCAUUGACUGCGCAAAUUAUUUGUGUUUAAAUUGCGUCAUGGCACAUCAAUUUAUGCAUUGUUUUGAAGGACAUCGUGUCCUUAACUUAGGUGGUGGCAACGAAUCAAAUAAUCAAAAAGAUGAUAACAAUAAACCAAACAAUUUAGUUAUAACAAAUGGUAGCGGAAAUAAUGGUCUUGGAAAUAAUGAUGAAAAGGCUGUAUAUUGUCCACGCCACAAGGUUGAAAUAUUAAAAUAUUAUUGCCGUACAUGUACGACUCCUAUUUGUAAAGAAUGUACAAUGUUAGAACACCCAAGUGGUCUCCACGAAUGGGAACAUUUAAAUGACGCUGUUCCAAAACAAUUAGAAGUUAUGAAUCAAAUUAUACAAGAGGCAAAAGGCAAAGCCACUGAUAUGUUAAAUAUGGUGAAAAAUGUUGAACACAGUUCCAGCCGUUUACAAGUACAAUAUCAUAAAGCACAAAAUGAAAUUAAUGAUACGUUCCAAUUUUAUCGUUCCAUGUUAGAGGAACGAAAACAAGAAUUAUUAAAAGAAUUAGAAAGUGUUUUCUCCGCAAAACAAAUAUCAUUAGGUGUAGUCACUCAAAAAGGUAAAGAAACUGUUGAGAAAAUUUAUCAAACAUGUGAUUUUGCUGAACGUUUGACAAAAUGUGCAAGUGCUGUAGAAUUAUUAAUGUUCCGAAAAUUAUUGGAUACAAAAUUAAAUGGAUUAUUAAAUUAUAAUCCAGAACAAAAUGUUCAAACUGCGUGUGAAUUAGAAUUUGUAUCAAAUUAUCAAGCAAUACAAGUAGGUGUACGAAACACAUUUGGGUAUGUCCGAUCUAGUUCCGAAGUGAACUUAGGCCCAAGUAAACAACCACCAAUUGCACGACCAACAAAUGGAUCUUUAUUGAAUGGUUGUAGUUCUACAAGUAGUAGUGGAAGUAGUAUGAAUGGAAGCUCAAAUAGUAUCAAUGGUGGUAUUCAUGGUUUAAGUGGUUUAAACAACGUGCUAGAUCGACCUUUCUCAAAUGGUUUAGUAUCAUCGUCAAGUCAAUCGACAUCACCAUUUGAAUCAAACAUUAUAUCAAAACGUUUUAGUAGCGCAAACAGUCUUGGACCAUUCUCAGCUACAAUUGGUGAUAUGAACUUAAAUGGUAUUAAUCCUUAUGAAAAAUGGUCCAAUGGUGGUACUGAAAGUAUCUUCCAAAAUGGUACUUCAGAACAUUUUUCAUUGGCAUCAACUACGGUGCAUGCUGAUUCAAUGUUAGAUUUAACCUCCAAAUUAAUGUCAACAGCAAUAUUCCCACCUAAAUCACAAAUAAAACGACAAAAAAUGAUAUAUCAUUGUAAAUUUGGUGAAUUUGGUGUAAUGGAAGGGCAAUUCACCGAACCAAGUGGCGUUGCAGUUAAUGCACAAAAUGAUAUUAUUGUUGCCGACACAAAUAAUCAUCGUAUUCAAAUAUUCGAUAAAGAAGGACGAUUCAAAUUCCAAUUUGGUGAAUGCGGAAAACGAGAUGGACAAUUAUUAUAUCCGAAUCGUGUUGCUGUUGUACGCACCUCAGGUGAUAUUAUUGUAACCGAACGGUCACCAACACACCAAAUACAGAUAUACAAUCAAUACGGACAAUUUGUUCGUAAAUUUGGAGCAAAUAUAUUACAACAUCCACGAGGUGUUACUGUUGACAAUAAAGGACGAAUUGUUGUGGUCGAAUGUAAAGUAAUGAGGGUAAUAAUAUUCGAUCAAACUGGAGGUGUUAUACAGAAAUUUGGUUGUUCAAAACAUUUAGAAUUUCCAAAUGGUGUUGUUGUCAACGAUAAACAAGAAAUCUUUAUUAGUGAUAAUCGAGCACAUUGCGUAAAAGUAUUUAAUUAUGAAGGUACAUAUUUACGACAAAUUGGUGGUGAAGGUAUCACUAAUUAUCCAAUUGGAGUUGGUAUUAACGCUGCUGGUGAAAUAUUAAUCGCUGAUAACCAUAAUAAUUUUAAUUUAACAAUAUUCACACAAGAUGGACAAUUGGUGUCAGCGUUGGAAAGUAAAGUGAAACAUGCUCAAUGUUUUGAUGUGGCAUUAAUGGAUGACGGGUCUGUGGUUUUGGCAAGCAAAGAUUAUCGUCUCUAUAUAUACCGAUAUGUACAAGUGCCGCCUCUGGGUCUAUAGAAACAUCAUCAACAGGCUGCAACUACAUCUUUUAACAAACGUAGAUCUACUUAAAAAUACACAAAAUUUCUACAAAAAAUAUGUAUUCGGCCUGUUUUGAACAUUUAACUAAUGAGAAAAAAAACAUCCUUGGCAUUUUUGUGUUCCAU